GGGACGGCCGCUCGUCGGUCUCUUAGCGCUGCUGGCCAGGUGCUCUAGAGUUCCGCGCCUUGCCUGAGUUUGGUGCUUCCGGCUGCACGCCGAGGGGCUGCUCCCUGCUCCUUGCAGCGCCGGCCCGGCUCCAGAGUCUCAGAUAUGGACCUUCUUCAGUUCCUGGCAGCCUUCUCUGUCCUACUGUUGCCUGGCACAGAAGUCACAGGCACCCUGAAGAACACUCUGGACCCAAGCCUCAAGAUUUACAAGAAGAUGUUUGAGGUGAAGCGGCGAGAACAGCUGUUGGCGCUGAAGAACCUGGCACAGCUGAACGACAUCCACCAGCAGUACAAGAUCCUCGAUGUCAUGCUUAAGGGACUGUUUAAGGUGCUGGAGGACUCCCGGACAGUGCUCAUCGCUGCCGAUGUGCUUCCAGAUGGGCCCUUCCCGCAGGAUGAGAAGCUGAAGGAUGCUUUCUCCCACGUGCUGGAGAACACAGCCUUCUUUGGUGACGUCGUGCUGCGCUUCCCAAAGAUUGUACACCACUACUUUGACCAUAAUUCCAACUGGAACCUCCUCAUCCGCUGGGGCAUCAGCUUCUGCAAUCAGACAGGUGUCUUUGACCAGGGCCCCCACUCACCCAUCCUCAACCUGAUGGCCCAGGAGCUGGGGAUCAGUGAGAAAGAUUCUGACUUCCAGAACCCGUUUAAAAUAGACCGGACAGAGUUUAUUCCUAGCAAUGACCCUUUCCAGAAGGCUUUGAGAGAAGAAGAAAAACGCCGGAAGAAGGAAGAGAAGCGGAAAGAAAUCCGGAAAGGCCCAAGGAUUUCAAGAUCCCAGUCUGAGUUGUAGCCCUGGACCAGUUUGGAGCCUAAGGGAUCAGCAAGUAGAAAGCCAGUCAGAAAACACUGCAACUGUGUGGCUGUGGAAUAGCACCAUCAAGCACCUUGAUGAGCACCAGCCACUUCCAGAUGGGAAGUUGACAUUUGCUGGGUCCUCAGAAGACAGGUUUGAGCCCUGGCUAAAAAGACUGAGCUUCCAGGUUCUUAUGGCACACCAAGGAGGUCUUGAGAGGACACAGUUCCACAGACAGGAUCAUGCAGGGGAGCUGUUGAGGGAGGCUGGCUAAAGGAGCUUCUGGCCUGGAUCCCCUUAGUGAAGGCAGGCUUCAGGCCAACUGCUGCCCUUCAUAAGGAAGCAGCAGAUCCAGGCUCUGAGUUACAAGUGAAGGUGCUAUGUUUGCUGCCAGCCUCACUGUGUUCCUGGGCUGCCUGUCACUGGUCCAGCUCUCUGCAGAGCAAUACUAAAAGCUAGCAAAUCCACUGGCCUCCCCAGGGCUGGUGAGACUAUAAGGGCAGCUGGAACUUCUGGAGAUGUCAGGACCAGCCUGGAGUAUGUCUCUGCCUCAUCAAGAGGGAGUCACUGGCCUCUGCAAUGCAGAGAAACAAGAGCUAGGUUUAGGUCUCUCUCUCACUACUGCCCUUCAUGAUGGGCCAGUUUGGAGAGGGGACUCAGAAGUGUUCUGGAAGGGUGUUUAUUUCAAGGAGACCUUAAAAGAACAUGAUCUCUAUUCUCAGAUAACUGGGGACAGUCAUUGAGCUGGUUCAGGGGACAAUCAACUUGUUCUCUCUGCUGCUAAAAGAUACUGCCUGUGUGUGGGGAGAGGCUAUAGGGGAUAGAUUGCAGGAGGCUGUGCUUUGUGGUGGGGCUACUGUACCUGGGUUGAUCAGACAGUGGGCUUCCUAGCUCAGGAUCAAGUAGGAUCCUGGACAGAGCAGGAAGCUAUGGAAGGAGUUAGGCCCUCAGAAGGCAGCCUGGUUUCUAUGAGUUUCAAGGCAGGUGGCUGCCUUGGCUCUAUUGAAAUGACAGCUCCACCUUUUUGAUCUUGCCAAUCCAAAAUGCAUCACUUAAAUAACCCCAGCCCUACCUCUACCUUCAAGCGCAGGUGUUGCUAACAGUGUUCAAUUGAGUCCUGAGUCUUAGCCUGACUGACCUGACCUGCUCUUUUCUCUUUCCUGUUUUGUGCCUUCAUUGGUAAAAUAAAUUUGAUGGUGUCUAAAUCCUCUGACAAGCUCUGAACUAUGUCUUUGGCUUUUCUCCUGGCCAGGCUAGCAAAGGGAAGCCAGGUAUUAGGGAGACUUCAUGGAAGGUCCUAGAAUAGCCUGCUUCCUAACAAUCAUCCAGGAAAAGUAAGGGGUUUAGAAGUAGUGGGGAGGAGGGCUGGAGAAAUUUUCCUAUCAAAAAUGCUUUGUCUCUGUUGGGCAGAAGAGAUACACUGCUGACCCAUGAAACCUAGGCUGCGUUCCCAGAACUGUCCCUUCCCAGCUGUGUGACCCAGCUGGUUCCCAUGAGGUUUAUAUGAGAUGAAACACUAGCGUUUGUGACUUGGCCCAUGAAAAGGACGGGAUCUACCCUGUCGUCUAUUGAACCUGUCUUAGUGCUUAUGGGACUAAGGGCUAGAGCCAGCCCCCCGGCCUCUCCCUGUUUCCUUUAUCUUUGAGAGGUAGUUACUGGUUUUGCAAGGACAAUGCUUCUUCCCUUAAUUGAAGAAUUUCUAGAGAAAUUCUUUAGAGACCAACUUGGCUAUGGACAUACCUUUUUUUUUCCCCCUGUUUUUUUUUGAGACGGUAUUUUACUGUAUAGCCUUGGUUGUCCUGGAACUAUGUAGCCUGUAGACCAGGCUGUCCUCGAACUCAAGAGAUCUGCCUGCCUGCCUUUGCCUCCGGAGUUCUGAGAUUAAAGGAGUAUGGUAGCAUGCCCACUCUGCCUUUCUUAGAAGAGGUGCGGAGGCUAAAAGGAUGCAGAGGCAGUGUAGCUGUGGCUAUAGCUUUGGCUAUGGGGUAAUUGCUUUAUGCUCGGCUGUCAGCGGGAUUUUGUCUACCUCUAUUUCCUGAGACAGCAUCACAUCUGGCCAUCAUCAGGAAUUUUGAUGUUUUGAUUGUGAGCUUAAUUAACCUUUAACAACUGAGCCUUGGAAUUUUUAUAAUUUGAGGCAGAACCAGAGAACUGUAAUAACAGUGGUAAGAGGCUAGAGAGAAGGCUCUGUAGUUAAGAGCAUGUUCUUGCAGAGGACCUGGGUUCUGAUCUGUUCCCAGCACCCAUACGGUAGCUCACAACCAUCCCUAAUUCCAGUUUCAGGGGAUCUGAUGCCCUUUUCUGACCUUGGGCACUGGGCACAUGUAUGAUACACAUCUACAUACACAUGAAGAGAAACCAUUCAUACAAAUAAAGUAUAUAUUUUUUGGUUCUAUGCCUAGCCUUUAACAGCUGAGCCAUCUCUCCAGUCUAAGAAUACAUUUUUUAAUUUAAAAAAGUGUUGAAGCAGCCUCAUGUGAUGGGGAAAGCCAAUUUGGGACUAACCUGGGCUGUUCCUCUGUAACUAAUGUCAUCAGGAUCAGGCCCUUGAGUUCUCCAUCCCAGAAUGCUCAGGUGUCUGAGAGAAUAAGUACUUAUGAAAAGGCCCUGCAGGUAGACGAUGCCUAGAAUUUAACUGACUUUGGUAGCAACUUCCCAUCUCUGGUGAUUUUUUUUUUUUAAAUCUCAUUGAUUUGUUUAGUGCCCAUUGUGUUCAGGGUCUGAGAGAAAGGCCCAGGCCUCCCUUUCCCUUUCUUUAUGUCCAGUCCAUCUGGUACAUUUUUUAUGGGUUUUCCCCUUUCUGAUCUUAGUGCCUAACUUGAUGGAUUCCAUUCUCCUUUCCUCAAAAGUGCCAGAGGAUUUCCAUCUGCAUCCUUCAAAGAAAUGAGCAGCUCUCCUGCUUGCCUCUUCUGUCCUUAAGUUUUCUGCCAGUGUUCAUUGCUGUGGUCACUUGUUCUGGAAACUCCACCUUUGAGCCUUAUUCAGGCACAGAAUAGCCCAGCACUCGGGAUGCAGGCUGAUCUCUAUGAGUUUGAAGCUGGCCUGGUCUACAUAGCAAGCUCCCGGCCAGCCACAGCUAUUCUUUGAAAAAAGGUGGUGGGUGGGCAGCUUGCUUUAGAAGACAAAAACAUAGAACACCUGACGGAAGGCGCUUGCUUCUUUAGCUCACCCAGCAGCAGGGAUUCAAUUGUGUGACAGCUGUAUGUUUGGUGUAGUGGCAGUGACCUAGGUAACUAGUGUGUGUGUUUCCUAGCGGCCUGGCCAGUGGCCGUUGCUAAGGGUGCUCAUGAUGGCAUCUUCGUUAGUGUAGUCUAGGAUGCUCCAGUCUUCUAAGCUUCCACGUCCAGUCUGCGGCACUCUGGAGAAUCUGGGAGCCCCUUAGUUAUCCCUUAAAGGCAGGGCAUCUCAACAAUGGCACUGAUGACAUUUUGGAUCACUUAGCUGUUGUGUGAGAAGGCCUAUCCUGAGUAGUGUAGGAUAGUUAAUAAGUAUCCCUGGUCCCCACCUAUUAGAUGCCAGCAGCAGUCCUCCAGUUAGGACAACUAAAAAUGUCUCCAACCAUUGCAGUCCUUGCCACCUCCGGUCCAUUUUCUUCUGCCUUCCUAGUCAUUGUCCAGGGAGAAGUCGGGCUUCUGGGGAUGAUCCCUCUGGGUUAUCCUUGUUUUGCGCUCUGUCCCUCUCUUUUAAACUUUUUCCUCACUUCUUUAAAUGAAUAGGUAUUUUUGACCUAGCUUCCCUUUUCUGGGCGUUUCUUCCUGGACAAUCAAGACCCUCUAGACUUAAGCAUUGAUAGCAUCUGCCCUGCUACGAAUGGACAGCCAUCAUUACGUAUGUUUCAGCUCAUUCCAGCUAAACUCUUGAUUCAUUUAGUGGAGAGCCUCGCAGAGGCAGUAAUAUCUGAAAGAUGGAGGAAGCCUGAAAGCAAAGAUCUCGGGGGAAAUCAAUGAGAAAUAGUUCUACAGUGUACAGCCGAUAACCCAAUCCAUGGUAGAUAGCUAGAUGUAACAGUCACGUAACACAGUCUCUUCAAAUAACAACCCAGUUCCUGAGGAAUAGCUUGUACAGUAUGACAAGCUGUCUUCCUGGUGGGAGCCAGGUGCCAGCUGAAGAGACAUUCAGUUAUGUGGACAAGUCUGGAGGGAGAUGUCUCUUUUGCUGAGAUGUGGGAACAGUGUGGUGGCCAUCCUGUUACCAUUUCUACUGAGCCUUCGUUUGUCCUUUCCCAGGCCAGUUGCUAAGCACACACAUGAAGGUCAGAGAACUUAAUGAGAAUCGGGUCUCUACCUAUGUGAGUCCCAGGGAUUGAACUCAUGUCAUCAGGCUUAGCAGCAAGGACCUCUACCCACGAACCAUCUUGCAGGCCCCAGGCCAGUCUUAAUAUCCAGCCCCUUGCCAGUCUCAUCUUACCUUUACUUUUCCUUGACUAGUUGUACCAUGGUCUGUCAUUUUUAUGUUUAAUGAUUUGAUUUUGUUUCAUUUUUGAGGCAAUGUUUUACAGGGGGAAAAAAAAAACAGGCCACAGAAUCUCACCAAGCCCAGGCCACUCUGGAAAGCUCUGCCAACCCCAGCAAGAAACCCUAUAUAACUCCUACCUCCUGCUCAGUUCUUUGCUGUUUCUUGCCCUAUAACACAGAGAGCUGCUUUCUUGUGCCUCUUCCUAUAAAUCUCUCCUGUGAGGUUUGUUGUGUAGUGUGAUUUUGUGGUAUUCCUAGGUUCAACUGCUGGGAUCUUUCCCUUUCAGAGAGGGCUGCAACACCUUCACUGGAGAAACCUUCCCCCUCAGAGCACUUAAAACCCAGAAGUUAAGAGCUGUUUGCUUGCCACAGAAAUCAAAUAAAUGUGACAAUUACAA